AUGUCUAAAGAUAACAUGUUAGAUUGGUUACAAAAGGCCAUCAACGAUGGACAUAUAAUUCUGAUCCCGUAUGUUUCCUUUCAAAAUGUUCAUCCUGUAGCAAGAGGUGCUUUCGGUGAGGUGUCGCGAGCCUACUGGUCAAGUGCUGAUAAAACUGUCGCAUUAAAAAGCUUGUAUAAUAAUCCUGGAUCUGAAAACGGUCAAUCCUUCCAAGAGUUUGUAAAAGAGCUUCAACUAAUAAGAACUGUUGAUUUUCAUGAUAAUGUGAUACGUUUCUAUGGUGUCAGUAAAGAUCCAAGGUCAGAUACAUUUUUUAUGGUUUUACAAUAUGCAAAUGGUGGUAACUUAAGAGAUUACUUGGCUGAAAAUUUUCAUAAACUUGAUUGGAAUCUUAAGUUUAAAAUGGCAUUACAGAUUGCAAGUGGAAUAAAAUGUAUACAUGAAUGUGGUAUUGUGCAUAGAGAUUUGCAUUCAAAAAAUAUAUUAGUGCAUGAUGGUAAAAUGAUGAUUACUGAUUUUGGAUUAUCAAAAUCGGUAGCUGCGAAUUCAACAUCAGUAAUGGGCGGGAUGGUUGGAUAUGUUGAACCACAAUUGGCAAAAGUUGUAACGAAAGGCAAAAGAGAAGCUCCAAUUGAUGGCACUCCUAUUGAAUAUAUGACUAUUUAUGAACUUGCUUGGAGUGGUAACCCAUCUGAACGUCCAACAAUCAAUGAAAUACGUAAUAAACUUCUUGCUUUACAAAAAAAAGCUCCGAUCACUCCUACAAUUUCAACAAUUCCAACAGCUCCAACAAUCCCAGCACCUUCAACAAUCCAAACACCUUCAAUUGCACCAUUGCCAUCAAUUCAAAAUACCACAAAUCCAAAUAAUAUGCCUCCUAUUUAUCCACCUAUGCAACCUAUACAACAACAAAAUUACAACCAAUGUCUUGCACAAUCAGCUCAACCUCAGCAACAACAAGUUCCUCAACAACAAGUUCCACAACAACAACAACAAUCAAACUAUAACCCAUAUUCUUCUACUCAACAACCUCAACAACAACAAGUUCCUCAACAACAACAAGUUCCUCAACAACAACAAGUUCCCCAACAACAACAAGUUCCACAACAACAACAAGUUCCACAACAACAACAACAACAACCAAACUAUAACUCAUAUUCCCCUACUCAACAGUCUCAACAGCCUCAGCAUCAGCAACAACAAAAUUACAAUCAAUAUCCAUCGCCUAAUAAUAAUAACAAUCAACAACAACAAAAUAGUGGUUUUUAUCCCUUUUAUCCAAAUACUAGCAAUUCCAAUUCAUUUAAUCCAUUAAUAACACCUCCAUCUCAAUAUCAACCUCAACCACAAAAUCCACAAAAUAAAGAAGCUAAUAGUCUCAACGCAAAUCUUCUCUCACCUCAACAAGUUGAUCCGUACUUACAAAUGCAAAAUACCAUGACCACAAGUGACUACCAAUCACUUUUCAAAGAGCCACCAAGAGCAGGUAUUAUUCACAAGAAAACUUGUGAUGCAACAUUAAAAAAUUUUGCUGAAGAGCAUGAAAACAUGCGAGAUUACAUGAAACCAGACAAAUGUCAUGCAGGUAUACAUGCAGCAUUAGGUGAUACUGAAGGUUUACUAUGGCAUCUUCAGCAAGGAUCUAGUGUAGAAGGUGAGUAUAAUUUCAUGGACCUAAAAAAAGAAAAACUAGUAAUCAUCACAUCCAAAUAUUGUCCAAGGAGGACCAUCACCCAGAUGUUUGAAUGUUUGAAGUAUUGUAAUGCGGAUUUUCAUGGAACUUCAGUCAAAGAAGGUAAAACUGCUUUACAUAUGUUAUCUGAAAACAUCAAAUUAAUGAAGAAGCCUACUAAAGAUAGUAUUGCAAGCAAAUAUGUUAUUUGGGCAAUUGAUGUUUUGGUAAGGUUGGGAUGUGAUGUCAAUGCACUGGAUAACAAAUCAAGAACAGUGUUGUCUUAUUAUUUGGAAGAAAACUAUGAACAUGAACUCAAAAUACCAAUAAUAGAAACCUUAUUGAAAAAUAAAGCAAAUCCAAACCUGCCAACCGAUGUUGCUAAAUUAUCAGGUGAACAUUUCCAUGCACCAAACUCAUUAUUUUUAGCAAUUAGAUCUAAUUGGCCGGGCACUUGUUUGGAGCUAUUGGUUGAUAGAAUGGUUGAUAAAAAUGUGGAUGUGACGGCAACUGAUAAAGAAGAUAACACAGUGUUAUCAUUAGCAGCAAAAUUGCAACAUACUGAGCAAGUAAGAUGGUUGUUGGAGAAUGUUUAUGAACUUAGUGAGUCACAUCAAAUCAAAUUGGCACUAAAGAGAUGUGCUGGAUUUACUAGUAAAGAGAAAAAAUUGUUAAAUGAAUGGAAAGGUAAUUCAACAAAACGUAAAGAGGUUCAAGCUAAAUACGAAAAAAAGAAGCAUGAUAGCAAAAAAAAGUAA